UUAAUUAAUUUGGCCAUGAUUCCUACUUACACAAAUUCUUCUUCUCCUCCAUUUCCUUUUGAGCUUAAAAAUGAAGUUCAUCAUGAUCUUCUAAGUCAUCAUCAUACUAAUAAUAAUACUCAUGUUAGUCCUUAUAAUAACUAUCAAUUUGCUUCAUCAUCUACAAACUCAUCUUGUCAAACUUUCUUCAAUAUUUCAACUACUAAUAUUCAAGAUCAAAGUGGAUAUGAUUAUCAUUCUCAAUUUCACCAUCCACAACAUCAACAUGAGGUUGAUAAUUUUGCUUCAAGAUCAAGUGGAUCACAUGAUCAUCUAGAGAAGAAAAACAAGGGCCUCAAAUUAACCUUGUGGAGAAAAGGUGUGCAGAAAAUGAAGAAUUUGAAACUAGAAGAUCAAAAGAAACACAUAGAAACUGAUCAUUACAGCAGCAACAGCUCUUCCAACAACAAUAUCAUCCCAAUUAGGGUUUGUUCUGAUUGUAACACUACUAAAACCCCUCUUUGGAGAAGUGGUCCUAAUGGCCCUAAGUCGCUUUGUAACGCAUGUGGAAUUAGACAAAGGAAAGCGCGGCGAGCAGCAGCAGCAGAAAAUAAUGGAACAAAUUUCAUUAGUACAUCAACAACAACAACAACAAUGAAGAUAAAGGUACAACAACAGAAGCACAAGAUAACAAAAGUGAAUACAAAUCAUGUUGUACCUUUCAAGAAAAGGUGCAAAUUUUUAAGUACUACUCCUACUACUCCUGCACCUGCACCUGCACCUGAACCUGAACCUGAACCUACACCAAAUCAUCGUAUUGGUUCAUCAUCAUCAUCAUCAUCAUCGUAUAAUAAUAAUAACAACAACGAUGUGCAACAAAAGAAGAAGCUUUGUUUCGAGGAUUUCUUCGUGAAUUUGAGCAAUAAUUUGGCAAUCCAUCGCGUUUUCCCACAGGAUGAGAAGGAAGCUGCAAUUUUGCUAAUGGCAUUAUCAAGUGGCCUUGUUCAUGGUUAAUGUCAUUCUUGAGUUUAAUUCCAUUAUUAGUUAAAAAUUAAUUAGAUGGAAUAUGUAGCACCAAAUUAGUUGUGUAAAAUUGAGCUAUAUUAAUAUUAGUGAGAGAGAGAGUUGCUAUAAGUCGAGCUACAAUAUUUUUUUUUAAUAAGUACUUUAAUUAGCUAGCUAGGAGUUUAUAAUAAGUUUGAUGUGUGUGGUGAUGAUCUUUUUGUAAGCUCAUAAAUAUUGAUAGUUUUUGAACAAGGUGACAAUUACAAGAA